UGUCGUCUACAGUGUCCUCUCUCUCUCUCUCUCUCUCUCUCUCUCUAAGAUGAAGAUCCCACAAAAUGGAGGUGACGAGCGAACCAGCACCAAGAUCGCACUGACCUCACUCUCGGCCAUGGCGGCCGAAACGACAACGUUUCCCCUGGACUUGACCAAGACGAGGCUCCAGCUUCACGGGAAGCCGCAUUCCUCCGCCAUGGGAGUGGCAGCGGAGAUCGUCCGUCGGCAAGGCCUCCUAGGGCUCUACAAUGGCCUCUCUCCGGCGAUUCUCAGGCACCUCUUCUACACUCCUCUUCGAAUCGUCUCUUACGAGCAUUUCAGAUCCCUAAUUCCACAUUCCGAUGGCGGUUCCUCUCUUUCACUCUCUUCCAAAGCUCUCCUCGGUGGACUCUCCGGCGUUCUCGCUCAGGUAGUGGCAAGCCCUGCUGAUCUUGUCAAGGUGAGGAUGCAAGCUGACGGUCGAAUGGUAAGCCAAGGCCUACGGCCUAGGUACUCCGGCCCCUUUGAUGCUUUGAACAAGAUUGUCCGUUCAGAAGGGUUUGGAGGACUUUGGAAAGGUGUUUUUCCGAAUGUCCAAAGAGCGUUCUUGGUGAACAUGGGAGAAUUGGCCUGCUAUGAUCAUACAAAGCAUUUCAUUGUUCGGAAUUGGAUAUCCGAGGAUAACAUAUAUGCCCACACCUUAGCCUCUGUUAUGUCUGGUCUCUCAGCCACAACUCUAAGUUGUCCGGCCGAUGUAGUGAAGACAAGAAUGAUGAAUCAAGCGGUUCGAAAGGAUGAGAAGGUUCUGUACAAGAGUUCUUAUGAUUGUCUGGUUAAGACUGUUAAAGUUGAAGGAAUAAGAGCACUGUGGAAGGGAUUCUUCCCCACAUGGGCCAGGCUUGGUCCUUGGCAAUUUGUGUUCUGGGUUUCAUACGAGAAGUUGAGGCAUAUAGCGGGGCUAUCUUCCUUCUGAUGAUUCUUUUUAUUUUUAUUUUUUCAACAAAAGUAUGAGCUCAAUACAUCUUCUUUAGCAGAAAACAGAUAUUCUUUGCUCAUUAUAAUUAUUACUACUAUUUUUAUUUUGCUGAAAUCUUUACUCAUAAUUUGAUUAGCCCUAGAGCUAUUUUAGUGAUAGAUUCUACAGGAACUGGAUCAAUA